AGUCAAACUACAGCCACAGUUACUUUCAUUUUUUCAGCCUCUCCUCUCUUCUCGUCUCGCGAUAGAGCGGCGCAGCGGUUUGACGGGCAGUCGAGGUUGCAGCAGGCAGAGGGAGACGGUGGAAGGCAAAGCAGGGAGGCAGCAUCAUGGCGGACAGAGACAGUGGCAGUGACCACGGAGGGCCCACCGCGGGCCCCGGCUCGUUGCCCCCGGGUGCGAUGGGCGCCAUGUCGCGCCUGCAGCACGACACGGAGGAGCUCGCCUCCAAGCGCGUCGACAUCCAGAACAAGCGCUUCUACCUCGACGUGAAGCAGAAUGUUAAAGGCCGCUUCCUAAAGAUAGCCGAGGUCGGGGCUGGGGGAAACAAGAGCCGCCUCACUCUCUCCAUGUCGGUCGCCGUGGAGUUCCGCGAUUAUCUCGGGGACUUUAUCGAACACUACGCCCAGCUGGGCCCGACCAACCCGGACAUAGUGCAGGAUGAGCCCCGGCGGGCGCUCAAGAGCGAAUUCCUGGUGCGGGAGAAUCGGAAAUAUUACAUGGAUCUGAAAGAGAACCAGAGGGGGCGGUUCCUAAGGAUCCGGCAGACCGUUAAUCGGGGGCCCGGAUUGGGAAGCGCGCAAGGCCAGACCAUCGCUCUGCCGGCGCAGGGUCUCAUCGAGUUCCGCGACGCUUUGGCCAAACUCAUCGACGACUACGGCGUGGACGAGGAGCCCGCGGAGCUCCCGGAGGGCACCUCGCUUACGGUCGACAACAAGCGCUUCUUCUUCGACGUGGGCUCCAACAAGUACGGCGUCUUCAUGCGCGUCAGCGAGGUGAAGCCCACGUACCGGAACUCCAUCACGGUUCCGUGCAAAGUGUGGUCCAAAUUCGGCAACACCUUCUGUAAAUACGCGGAGGAGAUGAGGAAGAUCCAGGAGAGGAAUAGAGAGAAACGGGCCUCCGAACUGCUACCGGAGGGCCCGCACGGAGCGGGAGACGACGGCGAGGACGACUGACGCGGAACAACAAAGACUAAACUGAACUCUGAGAGAAAAGGAGACUAUUAACUGUAUAAUAGAAAGAGAAUUUCCAAGGGAAUCACCCCAAACACACAACCUCCACAGACAUGGCAGCAUGUCUGCUGUCUCCUCGCUCAUUUUACUGGAUGUCCCCCCCCCCCCCCCUACACUUACCACCAUGUAACAGUAAGCCGCUGCUAUCAAGGAUCGAACUGUAAGAUAUGAACUGUUUCCUACUUGAUUUAAAUGACAAUGAACAGAGUGUUUAUAUCUCAAAUGACAGAUUUGCACACAUCAAAGCUAUUUCGAAAAGAUAAUGUUUAAUUUUUUUCACCCUGGUGAAAUACUGAGAUUGAAUCAAAAGUAAAAGCAGAGGUAUAUUAUAUAGAAUGACAGUCUUCAUGUAGAACGAAUAUUUGACAUCAGCACAAAGAGAAUAUAUUAUGGAAUUUAUGAAACCAAAAUCUGAGACCAGUUGUAUAGUUUAUUUUAAAGGUACGCAGAGUAAAUAUGAAAGCGCUCUAAACGUGUAUGAAUUGCAGAACGCAGCACUACAGGCCUGUAAACACCUGUCAGCAUGUGUGCAGGCCCGCGUUUUGAAAAGAAGUUUGGCAGAGUAGGCUUUAGACUUUUAUCUGACCUAAAGCCUGCAGGUGUUUCUAUCAUGCCAUUAAGGAAAGGUUUGGAACCAAAGUAAAAAGCCUAUUCUGCAGGUCUCAAACAAAUGGCAUAAAUCUAUAUCUGAGCUAUUGAAUAUCAACCCUUUUGCACCAUGCCCAUAUAAACUUAAUCAAAAAAAAGUGCUAACUUAGAUGUACUAAUUAUGAUUUUGUGAAUCAGCUGUAAAAAGAAAAAAAAACUCCUUAAGAUUCCCACGUUUUCUGUGGGUUAAGUUUUUUUCUUUGUUACCUUGUUGUUUUUCCCUCUGGGGGAGGGUGGGGGAUGCAAAAGAAUAAGGUCCACCUGUGGGAGCGCAAGGCGCGGAAACAAAAAAAUAUAUAAAAAACACGCGUCUGCGCGUGGCGAGGCAACUCUUCCUCUCUGACGUCAUUACGACCCGUGCCUUAUACACUCCACUCGUUUACGUGUUCUCACGUGGAUGGUCCGUGACCUCGACCUCUGUAUGUUUUUAUUUACGAGUGCUGUUAUGUCGGCCCCAAUUCUAUCCUCGCCAGGGCUGGAGCGUUGGGUGGCAAGACCGAGCCGAAAGGCUGCUGGGAGCUCGGAGGCGGUGUGCAGAAACCGAGCUCCGAGCUGGAGCGGGCCCUUCACAAAAAUACGGUGUGUUACUGUACACUUUGGAAACUAGGGAUGGGGGUGAGGGGUCGGCGGGGAAGUUGCAUCAUGCCCUCGGUAGAGUAGAACAGGAGAGCGUACCACUGGGCUUCGGCGUGGGGAUUCAUCGGGGCCAGUAGGGGUGGUUUUUGCACACCAUUUGCACCAUGUUUUAAAAAAAAAAAAGCAAAAACAGCGACAACAACUAGAAAACAUGUUAAAUCGGGAGUGGCUGGGUGAGGCUAUCCGUCAGAGCUGAGCUGGAUGCUGUUGAAGAGUCAGGCACGCUGCCAGCCAGGUCAGCCAGGUCGGCCAGGUCGGCCAGCCGGCCGCACCAUGCCGUGGAGUCUGAGUGCAGCUUAGAGGACGUGGAGGCCGAUCGGUGCAGGGCCAAGGCAGUAUCUAUCCCUUUAUGGUGCUACAGCCCCUCGAUCGCUCCUUGGGGGCCUCGCCACUCAGAAUAUGUUACUUUUGCAUUAUUUUUCUCCUGAAAGUUCUUUUUUCCACAUUAUGUUGUCCAGAACCAGUCGGGUGUCUCCCUUUCCGGGCAGAGAGGAGGCGACCGACUAGUGCAGGACGUCUCAUAUUAGUGUGCAAUAUUGUGUGCGUGCCAAUCGCGGCACUGCGUCACCUGUAUAGACUAUUAAUAGACGGAAAAAAUGUAUAGGCUGUGUGAUCGGUAUAUAUUUGAACGCAUGACAAAGAGGUUGAUGCAUCAUUAUAUUUCCAAAAUGUGAAGUCUUUCUUCUCUUGCACUUUGAUCAAAGUGAAAAAAAAGUUCAGACUCGUAGUGAGAUAUUUUUCCUGUCAUGUUCUGUAAACCAGUCGGCUGCCCUGUCGGCGUAUCAGUGCACGUUUUACGUCUCUCUACGGGGUCACACCGGAGAAAAAAAACUUUCCCUCCUCGUUCCUCUCCAACACACACACACACACACACACAGCGCAGACAGUCAACAGCCCUGUGUCCAUGUCCUCUGCCCUGCAGGGACCCACACUGGAGUAGAGAGCUAUCUUGGGUCCGGCCGACACACACACCUCCAUAGGCUCCCCGUCGAGGCCCCUUGUCGCUAUUUGGAUGUUUGCGAGGCCUCUAAAGGAUCUGGAAUGGUUUUAGGACUGCACAAGGCCUCCUGUCAUGAGUAGCCAGGAAACUGUUUGUUGGGAGCCUGAGUGCGACUUGGGACUGCCUAUCACAGGACAGGUGAACUACGAUUUGGACUUUUCCUCGUCUGCGGUUUCAGAUGAGCAAGGCGACGGUCACCGGCCAACAAACGGGCCCAAAGCACAGAGGAGUUUGUUGUUUUUACAACGAGGAUCUCACAACCCUUCCUUCUUGUGGGUAGUCUGAUAUUAUGUAUGCUCCUCUUCUUAAGCUCAUGACUCAAAGUGUGAAAGAAAAGGCCCUGGCUCAUUGUCCCUGCGGUAAUGAGGUAACACUUGAGGUGCUAGUUCACUAAUACCAAUGAGCUCUGUGGAUGGUUCACCUAUCAGCUUUAGUUAAAGCAGGGUGGCCUUGGACGCGACGACUGGGCCUGCUCACAGGUGCUGCUGCGGGGGCGUGAAGGGAAAACAGGCUGUGGAUUGCAGUGUUGGGGGCCUCAGCUGGACAAACGCUGGCAAUGUAGUUACGGCCCGGGCCUGCCAGACAUGUGUGAUAGCUGAGGUUACGCUGACGCAGGAUUAGCCGUUCUGAUCAGGAGGCCGAUUGAAUCAUUUGCUUUUGAAAGGUUGAUCCGUGUUAGAUUUUUAAUGCCGGCAGAAAAUUGUUCCACGCAGGACGUUUCGGCCCAGGUUUGUCUCUGAGUGUUGGUGAAAGGCCCGAUGAAGCCUGGCAUUGUUCACUGUUGGGGCCUACCAGCAGCAGCCUACCAGGACCCACUGAGCCGACUUAGGCCUUGUCUUUUUGUUUUGGAGAAGAACAGGGAGUCUUUGUGUAAGUCCUCUCACAGGGAUGACUGCUUUUCCUCACACUGCCCUUUUGAAUGAUAAAAAGCCCAUUUCCAUUAAACACACAUACCCAUGUCAGCAAGCAACGGACACCUGAGGUCGAGCUGAGCUCAUCCUGAGUUCAACAUGAAUCUGGACCCUCUGUUGUGAUACAGCACUUUUCCCCCUAAAGUGUUAGCUAGCUUCACCUUGAUUGAAUCCAGGCCUCCGGGAGGCUUGUGCUUCACGAACACUAGAAAUACAACACUUUUUUAUUUCACGGCCAAACAUAAGAAGAGCCUGAACCUGCUCAUAGAGUUCACUUUGUGAGUGCCUCCUUCUGUGAAACGCACUUAUUUUUGGAGAGAUUAAAAAGCGUGUUGUUGAGUUACCGAGUGUAAUCACCAGGUGAUGCUGGGUCAGAUGUGCUUAUACCUCUGCAGGGGGACUCUGUGGUGAAAUGUGACUGCUGCAUUUUGGGUUGUAGUUCUAUUAAGUUACAGGCAAAAGAGGCUCUUGUGAUUUUGCUGACACCAAGUUUGAUCCAAUCAGAUUUCUCUGUUCAUGAGAGCUGACCCGGUGUCGUGACAGAAUCUGGAGUGACCUUGCAGCCAUGUUGUCCCCCCCCCCCCGUUACUCAAAUGCAAAAUGGUAGUCAGAUUUAUUCGUCUUGUUUUCUGCGUACGGCGUCAGCGGUCAAGCUGUGUGCUGUCCUCAGUGGCUCUGUCCAGUGAACAUUGGCGAUGGUACACUGAAGCUGUUAGAUAAGAACGAUGUUCUAUUUUACCACACGGCGGCAGCCAUCGUAGCAAUCCUUAAUCAUGAUGUAAUGCUGCCUUUUGUGUCUUUAUUAAUGCAGUGUUUUGUCAAAUUGUAUUUAAAUGAGCUUAUUUUUCGGUGCUCUAACGCCACGCUACCAGACCAUUCCUGACACGUUUUAACAGAUAGAAGUCAAGUUGGAAGUAAUUCAAAAGUGCAGCCGUAACUACUUGUUGCAUGUCCCUCAAAGUCAGAUUGCUAUGAUGGCCCCGGCCGCUUCUUCCUCCGGCCUUUGAGGGUGAAGAUUAUUCAUGUUUCUGACUGCGUUCAAAACAGCUGCAUGUACAUGAGAGAAAACGGCAAACGUCCACUAUUACAAAGCUAAAACAGGCCGGACUCCCAGAAAACCAAACGUGCUCGGUUUCUGGUUUCAGUGUCGUAUUCUCUCAUUGGUUCCUGGCUGACCACCCAGCCAAUCGCAGCCGCUGGUCAAAGCCAAGCAGUGUAUGACUCAUCACAAACCCGCGGACAGCGGAGCUUAUUCUGCACGUCCUCUUUUAUGCUCACGCACCGAUUAGCAGGGUCCAUCAUGUUUGCAGACUGCAUAGGCUGCUGCUGUGGGAAGUUACAGGCUUUCAACUUUGUCUUUGCAGACGUUGGGAACUGGAUCCUGGGUUUUAAAGGGUGGGGUCAAUGCACAAUGAUCAUAUCCCAUGUCACCGUUUGGUCUAAAUCCCUUUACCAUCCCCAUAUGAGAUAAUAUGUAUGUAUCUUUCAAAAAUAUUUUAUCUGUGGCGUGUGUGUGUGUGUGUGUGUGUGUGUGUAUGUAUAUAUAUAUAUGUAUGUAUAUAUAUAUAUUUAUCUAUACACACAUAUAGAUAUAUAUGGUUUGUUAUAUAUGAUGCUCCUCCUUUCAGAAAAAUAUAACAUGUAUACAGGAAAAACAUAUUGCUGUUUAUUUCCUUUGUAUUUUAUACUUACAGAAAGCAUUGAAUAAAAAUGGAUAAAUACUUGCACUUUAGAUAUAUUAAGAAAAAUAAAGAUUCUGCAUAUUAUUUUUGAUAGGGAUCUCACAUUCAAAGAGUAUAAAUUAAAGGCUUUGUGACUAUUGCUGGACAGAGAUGUAUUGAGUUCUACUUAUUGAUUAUAUUUUGUCUGUGUGUCAGAAGGUUUACUAAAGUAAGUUGCAUGAUAAAGUAGUGCUACACCGAUGGUGUUCUUUUUUUAGUUGGUAAAAUUGUCUGAAAACUGUGAUAACAACCCUCUUGUAUCAUGAUUAUCCUCUCCUCACCCCUCCUAGAAUAUUUCUUAUUGAAAUAUGGCCUUUCCUGACUACAUGACGAUGGUGCUUACUUUGGCUUUGACAUCAAGCUCAUCCUAUACAUCUCAGAACAUAACUCACGUCCUUACACUUCAUUACUUUCUUUUAUGUACUAUCACUACCUUAUUAAAUUUAUGUUGAUGGCAAAAAAAAGAAGUGUGCUGUUUUGUACAUUGCUGUUUGUUUUAAUGUUGGGGGAGCCUUGUUGUCUGAAAAAUGACUAAUCGCGCAAUAAAAGGUCAUUCCACACGUC